AUGUACAAAUUUCUGUUGGGUUGGUAUAAGAAGUUCCCAGAGUACAAAUCAAGAAGCUUAUUUCUUUCUGGAGAGAGCUACGCGGGGCAUUAUAUACCACAGCUAACCGAUGUUCUUCUCAUGCACAAUGAGAAAUCAAAGGGUUUUAAGUUCAAUAUAAAGGGGGUAGCUAUCGGGAAUCCGUUACUCGAGCUUGACAGGUAUAUCCGCGUGACAUAUGAGUACUUCUGGUCUCAUGGUAUGAUCUCCAAUGAAAUAUUUCUGGCCAUAAAGAAGGAUUGUGAUUUUGAGGAUUACACAUCCGGUGACCCCCACAAUGAGAGCAAGUCAUGCAAUGAUGCCAUUGACGAGGCAAAAGCUAUGGUUGGAGAAUAUGUUGACAACUAUGAUGUCAUUCUUGACGUCUGUUACCCAUCAAUUGUGACGCAGGAGCUAAGAUUGCGCAAAUAUGUGACCAAGAUCAGUUUAGGAGUGGAUGUUUGCAUGUCAUAUGAAAGUUCCUUCUACUUCAAUCUUCCAGAAGUGCAGCAUGCUCUUCAUGCUAAUAGAACACAUCUAACUUAUGGCUGGAGCAUGUGCAGUGAUGUGCUGAAUCUCACCGGAAAGGAUGUUUACAUCAACAUCUUGCCUUUACUUCAGAGAAUAGUGGAACAGAAGAUACCAGUUUGGAUAUUCAGCGGCGAUCAAGACUCUGUCGUGCCCCUCUUGGGCACCCGAACCCUUAUGCGAGAGCUAGCUCAUGCAAUGGGCUUGCCUGUCACAGCGCCGUACCGUGCUUGGUUCCGCAAAGGCCAGGUUGGAGGCUGGGCAACAGAGUACGGUAAUAUGCUCACCUUUGCAACAGUGCGGGGCGCAUCUCACAUGGUGCCAUUUUCACAACCAGACCGAGCUCUCGGCCUAUUUCGCUCGUUUGUGCUUGGACAGAGGCUCCCAAACACAACCCAUCCACCCAUUGACUAA